AUCGUUUUUUGAAGUCUCUCAUGGUCGGCUUCGCUGCAGGAGUUAUAUCUUGACCCAAACGACUUGGAGUACCCUUCAUCGCCUGAGGGUGCAACUACUCCAACCUAUACCAUGUUCUUCAAAUACCCGCGAAUCGUGAUUCAGUUCUGCACAAAGUGCAAGUGGACGCUCCGUGCCUCGUGGUAUCAACAGGAGUUGUUCCAGACGUUUGGUGAGUCCAUUGGUGAGAUUGCCCUUCAGCCGGCUGAAUCGGGGACGUUUCAGAUCCUCCUCGUGGUUGACGACAACAACACAACCGUUAUCUGGGACAGAAAACUCGAUGGGGGGUUCCCUGACUCGAAGGUUGUGAAGCAAAGAGUGCGCAACGUUUUAUUCCCCGAGAAGGACUUGGGCCAUGUAGACCGAUCAUCCAAGGCCGCAAUGGCCAAAGAGGGAGUUACCAAGGAGGGAGUUACCAAGGAGGGAGUUACCAAGGAGGGAGUUACCAAAGAGGGCGUAUUAGCCGGAGAAAGCAGUCGCACUCACCAAACCGUGAAGGCUGCCGUCUGCCUGAAUGACAACGGUGAGUGCGUGGAGUGCAACCAGGAUUAGGCGGAAGAUUCAGGCCAAAUGUGAAUAGUAAACUGGAACGGCAGCGAGUUUUUGGUCAGAAGUGUUGAUUUAUAGCAAUCAGCUGUUGAAUAACGUUAGCGAUAAAUGGUGAUUGGUCUCGAAUACGUUAAUUGCCCUUUAAGGUGACUGACAUAUCUACGUAGGUAGAAAAGCAUAAUUCAAUACUAUAUAUGCAAAGAGGCGGUCAGUCGGUCUUUAUAUAUAUCGGUAGAAACAAUUCUAUAACUGUCUUCAGACUUGUUG